UCUGGAUAAAAAGCUCACAGUUCCACUCAUGUCUAUUUUCAAUAACUCUGAGGUUCAGUUUUUUCUUCUGGUUGGAAUCCCAGGACUGGAACAUGCCCACGUCUGGAUCUCCAUCCCCAUUUGCCUCAUGUACACGAUCGCCAUCAUGGGCAACAGCACCAUUCUCUUUAUUGUAAAGACAGAGCCCUCACUUCAUGAGCCCAUGUAUUAUUUUAUUGCCAUGUUGGCCAUCUCUGACCUGGGCCUGUCAUUUUCCUCCCUCCCUACCAUGCUGAGAAUUUUCUUGUUUAAUGCCAUGGAAAUUUCACCCAAUGCCUGCUUUGCUCAAGAAUUCUUCAUCCAUGGAUUCACAGUCAUGGAAUCCUCAGUGCUUCUCGUCAUGUCUUUGGAUCGUUUUCUUGCCAUUCACAAUCCCCUGAGAUACACAUCUCUCCUCACUAGCAACAGAGUUGUUAAAAUGGGACUGAUCUUAGCCAUUAGGAGCAUUCUCUUAGUGCUUCCAUUUCCCUUCACUCUAAGAAGACUGAAAUAUUGUCAGAAGAAUCUUCUUUCUCACUCAUACUGUCUUCAUCAGGAUGUCAUGAAGCUGGCCUGCUCUGACAACAAGAGUAAUGUUAUCUAUGGCUUCUUUGUUGCUCUCUCUACCAUGCUGGACUUGACAUUAAUCGUUCUGUCUUACAUUCUGAUCUUAAAGAUUGUACUCAGCAUUGCAUCCCUGGUGGAGAGACUCAAGGCCCUGAAUACCUGUGUCUCCCACAUCUGUGCUGUGCUCAUUUUUUAUGUACCCAUCAUCACCCUGGCUUCCAUGCACCGCUUUGCCCAGCACAAAAGUCCCCUCACUAUAAUCCUUAUUGCAGAUAUAUUCUUGUUGUUGCCACCCCUAAUGAACCCCAUUGUGUAUUGUGUAAAGACUCGACAAAUCCGAGAGAAGGUCUGGGGGAAGUUGUUGACCACAUGUAGCAGACUAGAAUAUUGAGGUAAUAAAUGAUCAAGCAAUUAGCAUUUUUUGGCACCUAAUAUGUGUUGA